AGGGAAAGAGAGGGAGAGAGGGGAAAAAAAAAGAAGAGAGUAAAAAUAUAAAGGCAUCACAUCCAUCCAUCCACUCAUUCAUGAAUGAGUGAGUGAGUGUGUGAUUGUCUUGCUUUCCUCUCCAAACCCCUGAGAAGCCCUCCUCUCACUGUCUCUCAAAUGACAUCUGAGUGAAAUCCCAACGGCAAGCAGAAAAGGAGGAGGUCGAGGAAGAAAAAGGAGAGAACAACAACGGACAGGGACAGGCGGAAGAGAAAAGGAGGCGGAGAAAGAGGUUCUGAAGAAAUCGAGAGAGAGGGAGGGAGGAGAGAUGAGCUUCGAGGAAUCGAUGAAAUCGCUGUCAUUGGAUUACCUGAACCUGCUGAUCAACGGGCAGGCUUUCAGCGACGUGACGUUCAGCGUGGAGGGGAGGUUGGUGCACGCGCACAGGUGCAUACUGGCGGCGAGGAGCCUGUUUUUCAGGAAGUUCUUCUGCGCGCCGGAGGCGGAGGUGGUUGUGAGGGGCGGCGGAGGAGGGCACCACCCGACCAGGGUGGUGGUCGGCGGCGGGGCGUCUCAGGUCAUACCGGUGAACUCGGUGGGCUACGAGGUGUUCCUGCUGCUGCUGCAGUUCCUCUACAGCGGGCAGGUCUCCAUCGUGCCGCAGAAGCACGAGCCGCGGCCCAAUUGCACCGACCGCGGCUGCUGGCACACCCAUUGCACCUCCGCCAUCGACCUCGCACUCGACACCCUCGCCGCCUCCCAGUAUUUUGGCGUCGAACAAUUAGCCCUUCUCACGCAGAAACAGCUGGCUGCCAUGGUGGAGAAGGCGUCUAUUGAGGACGUGAUGAAGGUGCUGAUGGCCUCCAGGAAGCAAGAGAUGCACCACCUUUGGUCCACCUGCUCCCACCUAGUAGCAAACUCAGGCCUGCCCUCCGAGAUCCUCUCCAAGCACCUGCCAUUAGACGUUGUAUCCAAAAUUGAGGAGCUCCGCCUCAACUCCACCCUCUCCCGGCGGUCGCUUCUCCAUGACAUAGGCGGUCCUACUCCUUCUUCCUCCCCCUCCGCCACCACCGGCGACGACAAGCCGCAGAAGAUCCGCCGGAUGCAGCGGGCUCUCGACUCCUCCGACGUCGAGCUCGUGAAGCUCAUGGUGAUGGGGGAAGGCCUGAACCUCGACGAAGCUCUCGCCCUCCACUACGCCGUUGCCAAUUGCAGUCGGGAGGUCGUCAAGGCCCUGCUCGAGCUCGGCGCUGCCGACGUCAACCACCGCGCGGAGCCCAGCCGGAAGACGCCGCUCCACAUUGCCGCGGAGAUGGUGAACCCUGACAUGGUGGCCGUGCUGCUGGACCACCACGCGGACCCGAACGUCCGGGCGGCAGACGGCGCGACUCCCAUCGACAUUCUCCGGUCGCUCACUUCCGACUUCUUGUUCAAAGGUGCAGUACCUUGCCUCCCCCACAUUGAGCCCAACAAGCUGCGGCUAUGCCUGGAGCUCGUCCAGUCUGCUGCACUGGUGCUGUCCAGGGACGAAUGCAAUGGCACCGGCGGCAGCGCGGGCUCCGGCAUGGAAGGCCAGAUGGUCUAUCUCAAUCUUGGUGGCGCAGAUUUGGGGUGUAAAUACGACGGCGAAUCCGGGAACGAUGGCGAGAGGUACUGUAAUCAGAUUCCAGGAUCCCUCUAUUCGCAUGGGUUCUAGCCAAAUGAUAUCUUGUACCUGUUUUACUAUCAGAAUUUGAAUCUCUUGUUACCCUUUUUCUUCCUGAGUAUAACCAUGAGGACUUGCCCCCUCCCCACUCUCUACUGUUAACACAUUCUAAAAGUACAAUUCUUACUAUUAACUUCAA